GUUUCACGGGUCUUUGUUCAUGAUCUCCUAAAUCCCACCCACUUGAAACGAAGAAAAGAGUAAGAAAAAACUCGCGCUCGCACAGAAACCUUGCUUUCACUGUAACAGGGACCAGAGUAAAGUCGUUAAAGUGCAUCCCGGACUGACCUCAUGAUGGAGGCGGACAGUUGUUUAUCUUUCUCUUCGCAGCCAAACCGGACAGCACUGAAUAACUCUCCCGGUUUGGAUCAGAAUAGUUCUGGAGGUUCGUUCCUUCCCUGCGAUGAACUACAGAAAAGUACACAUCUUCCUCUCGCUCACCGUCUGAGUCUCCGGGAUCAGAGUGACUUCUACAGCUCAAGCUCCAUGGGACGGUUUAACGACGGCGCGUCCGCGGAGUUUACGCACGGGGCAGCCUCCACGAAUCCUCGCGCCUUGCCCAACAAACACAGCAAAUACAUGGAAAAUAUUAAUCAGGACCAAAAGGUUUUAUCAGUAAGCGGGAAGGGCUCGUUUUAUGACAAUUACUCGGAGGCCAGAGAGAAGGCGGGUCCCAAGCCCAUGGGCUAUCCCUUGAUUGGCUCAGACUGCUGCAUCAAGCUGAAGGAGCCAACCAACGGUCUCCAACCAGGGGACUCCAUAGCAGACUCCAUCGACCUUUCGGGCAAGAACAAGAAACGUCGUAACCGCACCACGUUCAGUACCUUCCAGUUGGAGGAGCUGGAGAAAGUGUUUCAGAAGACUCACUACCCUGAUGUUUAUGCCCGGGAACAGCUGGCCCUCAGGACCGAACUCACAGAGGCCCGUGUACAGGUGUGGUUCCAGAACCGCCGGGCCAAGUGGAGGAAGAGGGAACGCUACGGGAAGAUCCAGGAGGUGCGAAACCACUUUGCUGCUACGUACGAUAUCUCUACGUACCAGAUGCAGAGCAACCUGUGGCCAGGUGCAGGAGGGGGGUCCGGCGGGGGCUGUGUCCUGGGCCCUGACACCAUGUCUUCCUCCUGUAUGAGCCCUUACCCCCAUCCCCACAGCAACCUCCCCUCUGUGGGUUUUAUGGGCAUGCCCCCGUCUUCCAGCCACCCACACCACCCUCACCAUCACCCCCAACACCACCCUGGCAUCAACGGCCUCUACUCCCUCCACAGCUUCCCUGGGGCCCUCGGGGGCCACUCCUUUGAGCCGGGGCCCGAGACAGAGUAUAAGUCAUCCAGUCUGUUGGCCAUGCGGAUGAAGGCUAAGGAACCUGGGAGUCUUCUAUCCAGGCCUACAUGACCACCACAGUGUCAGGGUCAGAUCCCCACUAUGUAUUGACUGAGCUAAUGCAUUCACACACACAUUCAAACUCAAUCUUGUAUACUAGCAACCCGAAGGAUAGUUAUGGCCACAUGUAUUUGUGUUCCUGCAUGCUGAAAUGACAGCAGAAGUCAAAACUCUACACACACACACACACACACACACACACACACACACACACACACACACACACACACACACACACACACACACACACGUAUAAUUAACCUUGUGGGGACACAUAAUUCAGUCCCAUUCAGAAUCCUAUUUUCCCUAACCCCUAACCCUUACCUUAACCCCAAAACCUAACCGUAUCCCCAAACUAACCCUAGCUCCUAACCCUGGUCGAAAACUAGCUCCUAACCCUGGUCAAAUACUAGCUCCUAACCCUGGUCAAAUACUAGCUCCUAACCCUGGUCAAAUACUAGCUCCUAACCCUGGUCAAAUACUAGCUCCCAACCUUAAAACUAACCCUCACUCCUAACGCUAAACCAAAUUCUAACCCUAACACUGAUUGGCUCAAACCUUGACCGGAAACCACCUAGAAAUAGCAUUUGACCUUGUGGGGACUAACAAAAUGUCCCCAGUUUGUAAAAAUGUUGAUUGAUUUAAAAUAUUCCUGUGGGGACUUCUGGUCCCCACAAGUAUAGUUAAACACACACACACACACACACACACACACACACACACACACACACACACACACACACACACACACACACACACACACACACACACACACACACACACACACACACACACCUCCGCUACUUUCCUCCAAAUAAUGUAACAUUGCCGUAAACCCACAGACUUCAGACCGUGACAGGACCGACCAUUUGUUUGAGUUUGUUAGGCCACCAUCAGGCACAAAACCUGCCAUUUUGCAGACAUUUUUAUUCAAUCCAGAUUUGAGCAUUAUCACAAACAUAGUGAGACCAAAGAAUAUAAAAACAAUAUUAUUUAAAUAUGUAAGAUGUAGAUGUUAAUAAAGUACAGUACCAGUCAAAAGUUUGGACACACCUACUCAAUUCAAGGGUUUUUCUUUAUUUUUACUAUUUUCUACAUUGUAGAAUAAUAGUGAAUAUAUCAAAACUAUGAAAUAACACAUAUGGAAUCAUGUAGUAACCAAAAAAGUGUUAAACAAAUCAAAAUAUAUUUUAUAUUUGAGAUUCUUCAAAGAACCCCCACCCUUUGCCUUGAUGACAGCUUUGCACACUCUUGGCAUUCUCUCAACCAGCUUCAUGAGGUAGUCACCUGGAAAUCAUUUCAAUUAACAGGUGUGCCUUGUUAAAAGUUCAUUUGUGGGAUUUCUUUCCUUCUUAAUGCAUUUGAGCCAAUCAGUUGUGUUGUAACAAGGUAGUGUGGUAUACAGAAGAUAGCCCUAUUUUGGUAAAAGACCAAGUCCAUAUUAUUGAAAGAACAGCGCAAAGAGAAACAACAGUCCAGUCAAUCCAGAAAAUGUCAAGAACUUUGAACGUUUCUUCAAGUGCAGUCGCAAAAACCAUCAAGUACUAUGAUGAAACUGUCUCUCAUGAGGACCGCCACAGGAAAGGAAGACCAGAGUUACCUCUGCUGCGAAGGAUAAGUUCAUUAGAGUUAGAAAUUGCCUCAGAAAUUGCAGCCCAAAUAAAUGCUUCAGAGUUCAAGUAACAGACACAUCAACUUCAACUGUUCAGAUGAGACUGAAUCAGGCCUUCAUGGUCGAAUUUCUGCAAAGAAACCACUACUAAAGGACAUCAAUAAUAAGAAGAGACUUGCUUGGACCAAGAAAUAAGAGCAAUGGACAUUAGACCAGGAGAAAUCUGUCCUUUGGUUUGAUGAGUCCAAAUGUGAGAUUUUUGGUUCCAACCACUUUGUCUUUGUGAGACGUGGAGUAGGUGAACGGAUCAUCUCUGCAUGUGUGGUUCCCACUGUGAAGCAUGGAGGAGGAGGUGUGAUGGUGUGGGGGUGGUUUGCUGAUGACACUGUCUGUGAUUUAUUUAGAAUUCAAGGCCCACUUAACCAGUGUGGCUACCACAGCAUUCUGCAGUGAUACUACACCGUCCCAUCUGGUUUGCGCUUAGUGGGUCUAUCAUUUGUUUUUCAACAGGACAAAGACCCAAAACACACCACCAGGCUGUGUAAGGCCUAUUUGACCAAGGAGAGUGCUGGAGUGCUCCAUCAGAUGACCUGGCCUCCACAAUCACCCGACCUCAAACCAUUUGAGAUGGUUUGGGAUGAGUUGGACCGCCAAGUGAAGGAAAAGCAGCCAGUAAGUGCUCAGCAUAUGUGGGAACUCCUUCAAGACCGUUGGAAAAGCAUUCCUCACGAAGCUGGUUGAGAGAAUGCCAAGAGUGUGCAAAACUGUCAUCAAGGCAAAGGGUGGCUACUUUGAAGAAUUUAAAAUCAAAAAAAUAUUUGUAUAUGUUUAACACUUUUUUUUUGGUUACUACAUGAUUCCAUAUUUGUUAUUUCAUAGUAUUGAUGUCUAUCAUUCUACAAUGUAGAAAAUCGUAAAAAAAAUAAAAAUAAAGAAAAACCCUUGAUUGAGUAGGUGUGUGCAAACUUUUGACUGGUAAUGUAUGUGAUGUAUGUUGUACUUUAUUGAUCAACAAUAAAGGGUUUCAUCUGCC